UAGAAGAUCACAACUCUCUCCAUUUCUUGAUGGGUUUAAUCAUGAGAUUAGAAUCCACAACUUUCCAGGCCAAUUAAGAUUUGCAGGUGUACGUAUAAUAUCUGCAGCGUUCCAAAUAUGCGUUUUCUGGUGGGCUGUUUCUGCUUGAAGCAGAGACACACUUCUGGUUUCGACGAUCAUCUUCUCACUCUUGCUUCUCAGACAGCCUUUACAGUGAAUGAGGUGGAGGCUUUGUAUGUCUUGUACGAGAAACUAAGCCGUUCCUUAAUCGAUGAUGGUCUUAUUCACAAGGAAGAGUUUCUGCUUGGGAUGUUCGAGUGCAGCAAUAAGCAAAAUCUUAUGGCAGACAGGUUGUUUGAUUUGUUCGAUUUGAAGAGAAAUGGCGUAAUAGAAUUUGGAGAAUUUGUUCAAUCCUUAAACGUGUUCCAUCCUCGUACACCAGAAUCUGUCAAAAUCGCAUUUGCAUUUAGAUUGUAUGACUUGAAGCAAACAGGCUAUAUCGAACGUGAAGAGCUGAAGGAGAUGGUAUUGGCUACCAUAAGUGAAACAGGGUCAAUGAUUGCAGAGGAUGUUAUUGAAGCAAUUGUGGACAAGACAAUUUCAGAGGCAGACAUGACAGGAGAUGGGAGAAUCAGUCCAGAAGAGUGGAAACAGUUGGUUGCAAGAAACCCUGCUCUCAUCAGCAACAUGACUCUCCCAGAAAUCAGGGAGGUAACAAUAGCAUUCCCAAGCUUCAUAACACUGACUAGAGUCCAGGACUGGGAAUUGCAGUCUGAAAGCCGGGAAUUUUGCUGGUAGAUCACGAGGGAAUUGGAAAGAAGCCAAGCAAGAAAGUUUAAGAAAAACGUGGUGUUCAUGUGUAAUAUUGUUGUAAUAAACGAGCUUGAAAACUCAAAAUUUAGCUCGUCUAAAUCCAACUCUGCAUUGCAUAUCUAAAGGUUUGAAUGCAAAGAUACAGUCAUGAAA